GGUCAAAGAAAUAUUAAAACUGUACGUUACUUUCAUGCUUAUUUUGUGGAACGCUUCUGCGGCAUCAAAAUUUAAAGUAGCCUCAAGAGACCUUUUUAGCUUGCGAUUAAUAAGGUGCACAAGGAACUUUCAGUACGGUCCAAAACUUAAAGCUAACAUAUGUCGUUUCGUGACUCAGUAGAUUAUGUGUCCCAAGAUCGUAUCAGUCAACUUGCUCGUACUUAUUGGAUUACAACACCAGGGUCAUUAAAAAAUAGCCAUUCAUCAGCAUGUCCAACAAACAAAUACAAACCUUUUCAAUCAAGUGUGAUGGAACGGAUUUAUCGUCAGGAAUUGCUGGCCUCUGGAUUUUCACAUCGCCGAUGUCUAGCUCUUGAAUUGAAUCAGUACUUAGAACAAUGGCUUUGGCCACAUUUUGAACCAGAUAUUAGCAGCCGUGCCCAUGCUUUAUCAAUCUGUGCAAUGGUUAAUGAAAAAGCCCGUGGUCGUGUCCCGAUAUGGCCGACUUUUGUAGCUACAGCGGAUAAAUUUAGUGGACUUAUUCAUCGUGUACUGCAUAUUCUACUUGAUGAAUCUCCACAGAUAUUAACGGUUAAUCCACUACUCACUGAGAUCAACACAAAGUCUAAAGAUGAUGAUAAUGAUGAGAAAGACAAACACCAAACGUCUGACGAAUCAUCAAAUCCAGUACAACAGAAAAAAUGUAUUCUGGAGCAUAUAGUUCUUAUUAUUUUCUUAUCACAUUGUUUUACGAAUUUGGCUGAAGUUGGUGUAUUACGACGUAGUCUUCGUGAAUUAUAUAGUUUAGCUAUUUGGCAAGAUCAUCUUCAACCGACUCGUUUAAGUCUUGAACUAAAAUCACAUCCACGAUAUGCUCGCUUAUUAAAAAAACUACAGAAAUAUCGUGAUACAAAAGUUUCCCCCACUGAACGAGAUAAUAUGGUAUUUCAACAUUCAUUUAUUCCACGAAUUUUGGAUGUGUUUUUAACUUUGUUAAAUUCAAUACCUGAAAAGGAUGAAGAUAAGCCUAUAGAACCUUUGUUGAUUCACUACUUAGAACGUUUCAUUUUAUUGUUAAUCGAUUUGGAAAGUAUGCUGCUUACACGUCGAAUACUAAAUGUUGUUCUCGACGACAGACACAUUGUUGUAUAUUGUCAGAAAUCUGCACUUAUCAAACGUCCAGAUGGGAAGUUAUUUUCAGAACUAGUUGAUUUGUUAGCCUUUUACGCUCAUUUUCAUAUUGAUGAAAGUACUGGCGAACCAUUGGAUGAAGCGGAAAUGGAUAAAAGACACUGUGCUAAGCUAAGUAAUUUACAAUUGAAAACAUUUGCAUCGCAUAAAGAUAAACUUCUACCAUUCUCUGUCUCACAUCCUGCGGGGAUUGAAACUGCACAAUUAUUACGUAAACAUUUAUCAGUGUUAGACAGAGAUCAACUUUAUCAACUAGCUUCAUGUUUUGGUCUUGUUACAUUGAAAAAAGAAUCUAGUCAAAAUAACGAAGAAAAUAAGAUUGAUGAUGAUAAUGAUGGUCAAUUACCACCUGCAAAACGAAUUCGUUCAAAUGAUCAAGAUAUAGAAGAGUUUAAUUUAAGCUGUCUUAGAGAUAAAUUGGAAGCUAAAUUUAUGGAUAAAGAUUUGAUAAUUCGAAUUUUAAUUCAUCAUUUUGCUCGUCGUCAAUCUGAAUUGGAAUAUAUCAACAGUUUAUCAUUAUAUCCUACGGAAGAUUUAAUUUGGGAUGAGAAUCGCGUCCCAACGGAAUACUAUUCUGGUGAAAAUUGUUUAGCAUUACCAAAAUUAGGCUUACAAUUUUUAACUUUACAAGAUUACUUACUAAGAAAUUUCAAUUUAUUUCGUUUAGAGUCAACUUAUGAAAUCCGACAAGAUAUUGAAGAUGCUAUUAUUCGUUUGAAAGCAUGGCGUGGUGAAUUUGGUCAAGCCGUCUUUGAUGGUUGGUCAAGAAUGGCUUUGCCAAUACAAGCAUUUAAUAUUGUUGAAGUAGCUAAACCAGAUUUAGGUGCUAAACAUCCAGCACGUGUACGUGCUGAUGUACGUGUAGCGCUUGCUGGUCUUCGUCCAGAGAUUCGUAAAGAAUGGCUUGGUUUACGACGUCAUGACCCAGUGUUUCUAGUAACAAUACGACCUACUAAACAACAAGGAUGGAAAUUUAAUAUGAAUGAACCGUUUGCAUCACAAGUUGGUUUACAUUAUGUUCGUGGUUGUGAAAUUGAAGGUCAAGUUGAUAAGGAAGGUAAACUAGUACCGGAUGAAGAACGUUUAGGCUUUUUACCAUUGAAAGGAGAAAAGCCCAACUUAGUUGAUACUUUACCAACAUGGCGUGUACGCUUAGAUCCUGUACAAUAUCAAACUGAUUUAGACCAUUUAAAAACUGAACAAAUGCGUGCUGAAGUGUUACGAUCAAAAGUGAUUCGAGCAAAACGUGAAGGACGUACUACCGAAGAAAUCCAAGCAUUACAGGCACAAGUUGAUGAAGCUGAACAAGUUUCGCCAGAAGAUUUAUAUGAUACAUUCAAUGUUUUAAUUAGACGAAAACCAAAAGAAAAUAAUUUCAAAGCUGUCUUAGAAACUAUAAGGGAUCUUAUGAAUAUUCGAUCCGUUGUCCCUGAAUGGUUAUUAGAUUUAUUGAUGGGUUAUCUUGAUCCUGCCGCUGCACAUUAUACACAUCGUUCAGAUGUAUAUGAACCGCGACAAAAUUGGCUGGAUACAUUUUUAUCACCAGAACAUUUAAAACACUCAUUAUCUCAGUAUAAUGUACAGUUUACAGACAAACGUCAAAGUCGUAAAUGGAAGUCUAGUUGUCAGACUGAAAUGUCAGAUAUAACUGAUCCCACAGAUCAUCUACCUGGACCACCUUAUCGUCUUAUUUUUCCAAAAUUAGAAAAUGAUCCAACUGCAAAAGUCGAAGCAAUGAUCCCAUCAGAUAUGAUUAUUCAGAAGCAUUCAACUAGUAGCGCUAAUGUAGAUACUUCUAACAAUCAGUCUGGAAAUGAUGAAAAACCAACUUUGAUUGCUGAAGCUUACGAUCCACCUUUACAGCCGCCUUGGAGUUUACUUGCUCAGGCUGGAGGUCAUCUACCUAAUGGCCUCUCAUCCAUGAAUUCUAAACUUGGCAACAAAGUCCCAUUCACACCAGCACAAGUAGAAGCUAUUCGAUCUGGUAUGCAAUGUGGUCUAACUUUGGUAGUCGGUCCGCCUGGUACUGGGAAAACAGAUGUAGCUGUACAAAUUAUUCAUAAUUUAUAUCAUAAUUACCCUAAUCAACGCAUUCUUAUUGUAACUCAUUCAAAUCAAGCAUUAAAUCAAUUAUUCGAGAAAAUUAUCGCUUUAGAUGUUGAUGAACGUCAUCUUUUACGUUUGGGUCAUGGAGAAGAAGGUUUAGACACUGAUAAAGACUUUUCACGUUAUGGUCGAGUUGAUUAUAUUUUAGCUAAACGUAUACAUCUUUUACAAGAAGUGACACGUUUAGCGAAAACAUUAAAUCCAUCAUCAGCUAUUCCACAAUUAUCUACCGAUCACCUGCCUGAUUCCGAUUUAUCUGAUUCAACGAAUAGUUUCCAUUUACAAACUUGUGAAACUGCUCAAUAUUUUUAUAUUCAAGAAGUUUUAUCACGUUGGGAAGAUUUUAUUAGUAAGAUAGCUGCAAGUGAUACAUCACACCAUUUAAUGAGCAAUACAAAUCAAAGAAAUCAAUCAAUGACAGAAGAGAACACAGAAAAAGAUGUUAUGAUUUAUGAUCCGAAUUUAAUUCGAAAUAGUUUUCCGUUUACAGAAUUUUUCACUGGUCAAAAAACUCCAUCCAAUGAAGUAAUGAGUCAAUUGUUUCCGGGUCAAAACCUCUUGGAAGAUGUUGCUUUAGCACAUGCCUAUUUUCGUUAUCUUCAUUCUAUAUUUACUCAACUAGAUGAAUUUCGUGCUUUUGAAUUAAUGCGUACCGGAACAGAACGUGCCAAUUAUCUUUUAAUCCAAGAAGCAAAAAUUAUUGCAAUGACAUGUACACAUGCUGCAUUACGUCGAAGAGAUUUAGUUCAACUAGGAUUUACAUAUGAUACAAUUUUAAUGGAAGAAGCAGCACAGAUAUUAGAAAUUGAAACAUUUAUUCCACUACUUUUACAAAAUCCUGAUAUAUCCGGUAGAAAUCGAUUAAAACGUUGGAUUAUGAUUGGUGACCAUCAUCAAUUACCACCAGUUGUUAAAAAUCAAGCAUUUAAUAAUUAUUCGAAUAUGGGUCAAUCAUUAUUUGCACGUUUAGUGAAACUUGGUGUACCAACUGUACAAUUAGAUGCACAAGGUCGAGCUAGACCAUCACUUUCACAUUUGUAUAGUUGGCGAUAUGAUCGAUUAACUGAUUUACCGCAUACAUUGAAUGAAGUACAAUAUUGUCUGGCAAAUCCAGGCUUUAGAUAUGAUGUACAGUUAAUAAAUGUUGAAGAUUACAAAGGUAUCGGUGAAUCUGAACCCAGUCCAUUCUUCUAUCAAAAUUUAGCAGAAGCUGAAUACGUUGUUGCAGUCUACAUGUAUAUGCGUAUAUUAGGUUAUCCAGCUGAAAAAAUCACAAUACUCACUACUUACAAUGGUCAAAAACAUUUGAUUCGUGAUGUUAUAGCUGCUCGUUGUGCACAAAAUCCUUUACUAGGAAAUCCAAGUAAAGUAACCACUGUCGAUCGUUUUCAAGGUCAACAAAACGAUUAUGUACUAGUUUCAUUAGUACGUACACGUACUGUUGGUCAUUUACGUGAUGUUCGCCGUUUAAUUGUUGCUUUAUCACGUGCCAGGCUUGGAUUGUAUAUAUUUGCUAGAAUUGAACAAUUUGCCAAUUGUCCAGAAUUAAAACCUGCUUUUGAUUUACUUUUAAAUCGUACAUCUGAUGAAAGUAAACAAAUGAAACCGACUGAGCUACACCUAACACCAUGGGAAGUAUGGAUUGAUCCCCGUAGUCCAACGGUACGGAAAAAACAACAUCGUCUACAAACUGAUCAUGAUCUUAAUCAACCACCUUUGAUCAUUAAAGAUAUGCCACAAAUGAGCAAUUAUGUUCGUGAAUUAUACGAUCAAAAAUUGCAAUAUUUAAUGACUCAAUUACAAAAACAACAACACGUACAGAAUAAAACGAUAACAAUAUCGAAUACUGGUACUACUACUACUACUGUUAACUCAAAAGAUAUUACUAUCGGCAAUGAUUCAUCGUCUAGUUUAUCCAUUUCAAGCACAGAUUUAAAUAAAUUGCCUCAAGAACAACAGCAACGGCUGGAGUCGGCUACUACCGAAAAUAAUCAUAGUGGUGAUGUUAUGGGUAUCAGUCAAGGAUUAGAUCAUACUGCUAGUCUUAUGUUGGUUGAUAAUGAUGAUGCCUCUGACGUUUCUAUCGGUACUCCUACUACUACUACUACCAACAAUACAGAUGAAGCGAACGCUGAUAAUUCUGUGGAAAUGGCAGAUACUAAUUAAUAUUUUCUAUGUUUAGUGAUGUCUCACUAUGCUUUUAUUAUGUUGACUGUAUAGAAUAAAUUUUGUAAUCU